AGAUCUAACUAUUUCAUCCGAAGAAACACUACGGCAGCGAGUGACGAUCUUGACGAAUUGUACGACCAAACCAAGUACUUGCGUAUUCUCAUGUCUUCAUGUUUGUAACUGCUGCCAUCACGACUUUCCCAGCUGCUGUAUACUAAAGCUAGGUCAUGUCCUGCUGUUACCAAGCGAGGAGCAUGCCAAACACGCCAUCUCGCUCUUCAUCUAUUCCGGAAUCGUCCUCCUCUUCCUCUCAGGCCCAUUCGGCCACGCCGCCUCCCCCUCGAGACAUUCCAUCUAUCCGUCUGCUGUCCGCAACUCCAUAUCGUGCGGGCGACGCGUCGGAUGCGAGUAUGUCCACGCAGCAUACACCACCAUCAUCUUCAUCAUCUAUUGCUCCACGCUCCGAGGCGAGAAGCAAGCACCUUGUACCCAAGAAGUCGAAACUCCAGAGCACAGGAAGCAAGUCCAAGGAGAAGCUGAAGAACGACUUCUCCAGCGCUGUCCGUCGCGUCAGCGGAGCGUCCGCGUCUCAGUCCGCGGACAGGGGAGGCUUUGAUAUCUACGUCGACCAUACUGAUGACCCGGACCUCGAGGAGGUCGUAGUGGUCAAGAAACGGAAGUCGCGCAGGGGAUUGGACAACAUCAGCUGGGAUACUCUCGGUGAUGUCACCAACACUCCACCUGGACAAAAGGAUGGACCUUCGAAACCUAAACCCAAAGUGAAGGAGGACAGUGACAAGUGGUGGAGUUUUGGUCAUAGCCAUGAAGGCGCCAAAGUUCAGGAGAAAGAGAAUGACAAGGCGAAGCGUAAAUCAAGAACUUUUGAGCUAGCCAAACCUCCCGGAUCCCAGGGUUGCAACAACCUCCUUGACUCUGAUGUCGGAUUGUCGCAAGCUUCUCAUGUGCAGACGCCUUCUGUUUCACAUGACGAAUCAUUCCACACGUCAGGUGAGAACACAGCACCUGACGCAACCGCCCCUACCGGUUCCCUCGCAGUCCGAGCGAUGAAGUCUGUGCGAUCACUGGCGCGUAUCACGAGCUGGGCGCAGGUCGGUAGUGAUGCUAAAGAUAGCAUGAGGGGGAUCAGAAAACGUUGGUCUGCGGGCGCAAUCAUGCAAGACAAAUCGAAGGGGAAAGAGAAAGAAGAAGCAGAGCCCAAGAGGAAAUUGAGCAAGAAGGAAUCGAGGAAGAAGGACAAACAUAGAAGCAGCGCAGAGAAUGACACCAAGAGGUCAGAGGCGGAGAAUGCAGCGAACAAUGAAGAGGACGAGCGGAAAAAAAAUAUUUUGCAGUUGCCCGGAAGUGAAGCUCACGUUGCGUCUCCGAAGAUAACGCAUUUGCCCAGAUCACCAUCCGUUGAAGAAUGUCCUCCUAGGACUCUGAGGAGGAUGAAGGGGCAGAGUGUUUUCGGAAUACGUGGAGCGCCAGACGAUGUCACCUCUCCCGCCGUGCCAGAGGUACUCCAGGCAUCAAGCGUAGAGGAACAGCCAUCGAGUACGAUAGGGAAGAAGAGAUCGAGCAUUUUGGGUCUCGGCAUCCCUUCAAGCUACAAAUUCACAACACUCCGAAAUAGAUCCUCUUCAUCCCUCCUCGAACGUAUACGAGUACCAAAUCGCCCAUCUUCUAGUGCUGCCCGUUCUGCCGCAAACGCUCACCAUCGUGCAACAUCCAUUUCCAGCGGAUUCUCCUUUCGACCAGGAUCAACGCGCUCUGGUGGAUCGGUGCUCUCGGAGCGCACGGUAUCCUCUGGGACCGCGGUCUCAGUCCGCUGGGAUGAGGAGGGGCUGCGCUCCGCGAGGGAGAUGCAGAGGAAGGAACGACGCAGCCGCGCACUGGACGGCUCUCGUAUGAGCCGUAACUCUGCUGAAUCAAAGAGACGUGCGGCGAUACUCGACAUUUUUCCGGAGGCGCGGCUGCCAAAGUCUUCGCCGUUGCCCUUGUCUGCAUCCACCUCCGAGCAUACCACUCUCGUCAACGAGAUGGCCGAAAAUUCUCCUACGGAAAGUUCUACUGCGCGCAGGAGGCGGCGAUCCAUUUCCGACCCGAUGUCCAGUAGAGAGAGGCCUGUGCGACCAGCCGAUUCAGAUGAUUCAACGACCAUGUCCGUACUGGACGCUGCUACCGAAGAUCUCGCCUCGCUGAUCGACAGGCUCGAUCUGGAGGUUGCACCGGGAGCCCACCUUUCACGUACGAGGCUCUCACCCGCUUCGCAUGACGAACAGGCGAAUGUAUCUCAGGAGAAGGAUACGAAUCGUAAGGGCAAUUCAAAGCACAGCUUAGCUGGUACACGCCAUUUGUCCCUACCGUUACGUGGGAAGGCUAAGUCCUUCCAGUACGUUCGGAGCGUGGAUAUCGCGCGCACCCUUGUGUCCGAACAAGAAUGGGAGCCACCACCUGAGAAGGGCCCUGCUGGGGUAAUGGCGGCCCCUGAGCCUACCCACCAGAGCGAGCCUUUACCGACUCCUGACCUUGGCUCUCCGUUUGUCUUCAAGCCGUUACGGAUAUCAAAGGCGAAGUCUAACUCGAUGGCUGGCGCGUCAUCGUCGGCUGCGUUUGGAGCGAGAGGAUCCAUAGAUGGCUUGACGAGUGAUGUUCCCAUAGGCCAUGAGGCUGCUUCAUCUCCUGUUCCCGUCUUCAAGGCACCUGCUGGGAAUACCUGGACACGGCCUUCUGUGUCAAGCACUUCCCUUGACAAGGGCAAGCAAACCUCAACGACCGGACAAGAGUCAAAAGAUGAUGUUGCGGAGGUAUUCAGGCCAGCUGGGCCAUCCAUGGAGCGCCCCGAUCCCAAUGCGGACAUUCUGCGCGACUUGCACGCACUACUUUCCGUUUUCUCAGAUGAUCUUGGCAUUCACCGCUUGAGCGAUACACUCUGUUCAUCCUCGUCCUCCUCUUCAGCUUCUUCCUUCACGGCUCUAAAGGAUGGCACAGGCACUAUACCAGGCUCUGCUACUCCUAUCCUCCCGCCUAUACCCGCCAUCAGCCUGUACGACCAAGAGGAUAUGCCAGCGACUAGUGAUUACUCGGAGGACCACACUAAUCAGUCGUUUGGCUUCAUCGGGGAGAGACGCAGACUGAACGCAUCGGGCGACCAGCGCAGCUUUGUGGCGGAACUGGACAGGGUGUUCAAUUCUCCGCCGAGGAUUGAGCUUGACUUCGGGCUUAACGAACCUCUCAGUCUGGACGCUGCAAUGUUGUCCCCGCCUUUCUUCACUACCGAUCCCACUUUGCCGACGUGGGCGAAUUCUUCUCGUGAAGAUGCGCCUUCGGACGAGACCGCCCUCCACGGCGAUUCGAGCAUGUCUGGGUAUCGGAAUUCGUUCAUAUCGGAGGAUUUUUCACAAAGCCCUCAGGAUGAUAGCGAAGAUGAAUGCCGAGUGUACUCUAUGCCGAAUAGGACAGGAAUCAUUCACCCACAACCAUCUGGAGGACAAUUGAACAGGAGUUUCAAGUUCGGUGGCAGGCCGCUGGGUUCUGAUCCAGAACAGGCAACGUCCACAAGGCCCAUGACACUGUCAGAUAUCAUACCUCCCAUUGUCCCGCAGGUACACGGCUCGAGCUUGAUCUCCAGUCCUUCCAGCACAGAAGAAACCAGUCUUCAGCCCGAAUCAGGAGCCAUCGACACAUCGAAUAGCCAGCCUGUCUUCUCUCUCCAACGCAUUCAAUCCAAUAGCUCCAGUCAUGCUGCGUAUCAUACGUCCUUCACUGGCAGUGAGGCGGAUGACUCCCGUCGCGAGUCGCAUCUAAGCUCUAUGGAUUCUGAGACUUUCGAGGAGGUCGGGCGAGGUCUGUCGUUCCCCGUUGACCAUCUGUCUUCUAUCUAUUCUCCCCCUGGAGCCAUAAUGAGGCGCCCGAAUGGUCCUGAUGAGACCGUGCUUAGUGCAACAUUGAUAUCCUCAAUCAACUCCCUUUCACCGGCUGAGCCUUCAUGGCAUAACCUGCUCAGGGCAUCACCGAUUGAUACGACGUCGAUACCGACGUCAGUGCAUGAUACAUUCUCGUUCAUGUAUAGGAACCAUCAUCAGAGGUCCGACAGCGACGCCUCGAGCGUAGAACUUCGACCCACUCAUGUUGGUGUUGUCGAGCCUCGAGAAGAUCAACCUACUGCGAGCAUGGGUUCCGUAGCUCACCCUGAUGCUUCACAUGGUGCAGGUGAUGGUCGUGCCGCUUGGGCUAGUCAUAGCCGGCAGCGAUCGUUCGACUCACCUUGGAGCGAGAUAUCACUGCGCCCUGAACGACCUGGUCUAGGCGACAAGAUGUUUAACGAAGAAGGUCGUAUGCCACUUGCAUUGCCUGCCGCUUCCCCUAGGAAUGUACCAAGUCGACGGCCCUCGUGGGACUCGUCCAUAGAGGGCGGGCAACCUUCUCUGCACGAAAGGCCCUCCGGAAAUAGAGACAGUCUGACUUCUGCGUCUCUAGACUCCGUCUUUGGAUCCGGCGGUACACAACAAGAUAGGCAGCUCUCUAUUCAGCAAUUCCGCCCAGUGUCUGUUAUGAGCGAGACGAGUUCGCAUGACUCGCAAGACGAUGACGACACCUUGAUCACCAUGUUGGAUGGAAGUCGUGUUCGCCGCCGGUCCAUCCAUUCGACAUUGGACGCCUCCCCUUGCGCAACUUUGAGAACCAAGCAACUUCCGCAAGUAGAUGAUAGCAUUGGAGAAGGUAAUUCAACACAGACACCUGCCUAUGCAGAAGACGCUGCUGUGAACCAGUUCGCUGAAGGCAAUGAUGUGAUCGCUUCGAAUACAGUUCCAGAGUCUGCGACAUGCUCGCAAGAAGAGUUGCCGCCGCAACAGGGGCUCCUCACUGACGAAACCCACACUGCGCCAUCUACGGUAUUGACGAUCCCCAUUUCUGUCCAAUUGAAUUCCCAACAAUUCACUUCCGUGAUUCCAAGCAGCUCUCCUGACCAAAUUAUCGCGGAAUCCAGCAGUGGACCAUCGAGGGCUCAGCCAUCCGAGAUGCAGGGCGUGAACAGUGCUGCAGUGUUUCGUCAGGCUCGUGCCAGGGCUCUGGCUGCUUGGCAUCGACGUCGAAAAUCCCAGUCUGCUCCGCCACGAUCCCCAGUGUACGAGACAAUCCUAGAGGAGUCAUACAGUUCUGGUUCUACAUCGAAACAGUCACCAUCUGCCUCAUCCGCUCAAGAUGACGAUGAGGCCGUAGCAGACCAGAAUGCUGAGCCCAUUGAAAACGAUGUGGAUGGUCCACAAGGUGUCAGAUUGCUGCGCCAAUAUUAUGCCCUCAAGAAUGAGGCGCAUGAGACAAUCGUCGAGAGCAGGCAAACUUGGCCGAAUACGGCAUCCUCCAUUAAUGCUGUUAGGUCCUUCAUACCACCCACAACAAGGGAAGGCAUGCGUGCAAUGCUCAAGCAUUCGCAAGAGCACUACAAAUCCCUACCAUUCACGUUCAGCGUUCGCCGCAGUCGGUCUCGCGCAUCAUCAAAAGUAUCGCCCUAUCCAUCUCCUAGUCGUGUUACCCCGAGGUCUGCAGAGAAGUCAAGGCGGCUUGUAGUUAGUCCCAAGCGCGGCCGUCUGACCAAUUCGUCAGUCGCGUUACCCGCGAAAACUGUGCUCCGUGAAAUCUCUGCAAACACUAAUAGCCAAGCCGACACUACUCCGCCCUCUACGCCUCCCUUGAAGAUCAUCAAGCGCUCGGAUAUUUCUAAUGCUAGGAUCGCGAGCUCCAGAUCACUAGAGAGGAAGCCAGCAUCUCCAAGUCCUGAACGCUAUGACGUGUCACCGAGUGUUCAUCAGACAACACCAGACAGCGAGAAACAUGCAAAAGGGAAGUCCAGUUCCAUACACAAGAAGGAGAACGUUGGAUAUGGACUGAACAGCCCCGCAAAGACUCUCAGGCUAAACCGUCCGCGGCCCCGUGGCCGCCUCUCAAACGUGUUCCCAUCAAGACCAUAGUUCUCAAUAUGGCACGAUCUCCGGUUUUGUCACCUCUACGCCAGACACGCCUGCUUAGAUUGUCCGCCGCCGCUUUCACACUGCACAUCUGUAUCACGCCAACGCAUCAGUCUCUUUGCUACACCUUUUACGUGCUGUCAUGACUCAGCUAUCCAUUUAGCUGCAUGUUCACUAACGAGCACUCAAGCUGACCUAUGGGAUCUUGAGGCUCCGAAUCCGACGACCAGUUGUACGAUCUGUCGUGCUGUGCUCUCUAGUGCUCUCUUUC